AGCCGCGCGCUGCCCGCGGGUAAAAGUUGAUCCUGAGUCAUUCCUCUGCAGAUGAACCCGCCACUGACUCAUCCGCUGCCAGCCGCGGGGCCCGGCCACAGGCAAGCAGGAAGACCUGAGUGCUUAUGCUUUAGCUGAAUCAAGACCGGCGCUCAGCAGUGGGAGAUAAUGUAUUAAUCCAUUGGAAGCACAGAGUGGAGUCUCACAUAUUACUUUGCGGUUUGUGUUGUGAAUUGGCUUUUUCAUGUAAAAAGAUUUUUCUCUCUCUCAGAGCAUGGACACCAGUAAAAAACCUGACCCCCCUAUAUCAGUAGAGAUGGUCCAACAAAGGGCAAAUCCUGAUCGUAGCCCUGCAGCAUCGAUUUACGUUCCAGAACAAGGUGGUUACAAAGAGAAAUUUGUAAAUGUAGUGGAGGAGAAGUACAAAUGUGAAAAGUGUCGCCUCAUUUUGUGCAAUCCCAAACAGACUGAAUGUGGACACAGAUACUGUGAAACCUGCAUGAAUGCCUUGUUAAGUUCUUCUACUCCAAAAUGUGCAGCGUGUCAAGAAAACAUAGCUAAAGACAAGGUAUUUAAGGAUAAUUGCUGUAGGAGGGAGCUUCUUGCCCUUCAGAUAUAUUGCAGAAAUGAAAACAAGGGCUGCAAAGAACAGUUAACCCUGGGCCAGUUACUGAUGCAUUUGAAAAAUGACUGCCAAUUCGAAGAACUUUCAUGUCCUCGUGCUGAUUGUAAAGAAAAAAUACUGAGAAAAGACUUGCCAGACCAUGUAGAAAAGACCUGUAAAUAUCGAGAGACGACAUGUAAAUACUGUAAAAGCCAAGUUGCAAUGAUUACAUUACAGAAACAUGAAGAUACAGACUGCCCAUGUGUCAUGGUUUCAUGUCCUCAUAAGUGUAGUGUUAAGACACUCAUGAGAAGCGAGUUGAAUGCACAUUUGUCAGAAUGUAUUAAUGCCCCAAGUACCUGUAGUUUUAAGCGUUAUGGCUGCACUUUUCAGGGAACAAAUCAGCAAAUUAAAGCACAUGAAGCCAGCUCGGCAGUGCAGCAUGUUAACUUAUUGAAAGAGUGGAGUAAUGCUCUAGAAAAUAAGGUUGCCAUGCUCCAGAAUGAAAGUUUGGAAAAGAACAAGAGUAUACAAACUUUACAUAAUCAGAUUUGUAGCUUUGAAAUAGAAAUUGAAAGACAGAAGGAAAUGCUGCGGAACAAUGAAUCUAAAAUACUUCAUUUACAGCGAGUGAUUGACAGUCAAGCAGAGAAAUUGAAAGAACUGGACAAAGAAAUCCGUCCCUUCCGACAGAACUGGGAAGAGGCUGACAGCAUGAAGAGCAGUGUGGAGUCCCUUCAGAACAGAGUGACGGAGCUGGAGAGCGUUGAUAAAACCACAGGGCAAGGAGCACGAAAUACUAGUCUGCUGGAGACGCAGCUAACUCGACACGAUCAAAUGCUGAGUGUUCAUGAUAUUCGGCUGGCUGACAUGGACCUUCGAUUCCAAGUUUUAGAAACUGCCAGUUACAAUGGAGUAUUAAUUUGGAAAAUUCGAGAUUAUAAACGUCGAAAGCAAGAGGCCGUGAUGGGAAAGACACUGUCCUUGUACAGCCAGCCCUUUUAUACUGGAUACUUCGGCUAUAAAAUGUGUGCCAGAGUUUACCUUAAUGGUGAUGGCAUGGGAAAAGGGACGCACUUGUCAUUGUUUUUUGUCAUAAUGCGUGGAGAAUAUGAUGCAUUGCUUCCUUGGCCAUUCAAACAGAAAGUGACUCUCAUGCUAAUGGAUCAAGGAACGUCUCGCCGUCACUUAGGAGAUGCUUUCAAGCCAGACCCAAACAGCAGUAGUUUCAAGAAGCCUACUGGAGAAAUGAACAUUGCAUCUGGUUGCCCAGUCUUUGUGGCUCAAACUGUUCUAGAAAAUGGAACGUAUAUUAAAGAUGAUACUAUUUUUAUUAAAGUCAUAGUGGAUACAUCGGAUCUACCAGACCCCUGACAUAUAGCCAGGGAGACAGAUUAAAGAGAAGACAACUCCAUUUGGGGGUUUUAUAUCAGUUUGUCUUCAAUCAGCCGUCCUAAAGCUCAGAGAACCACUUUGUGGAACAGAAGGAAGAGUUUGAAGGCAUAACUGCUUAGGGUCCAAUGGCGAAAGUAGCAACACAUUAAGAAAUCAUACCAUGGUAUAUUUUUUAAUAGAACUAGCAACACUUAAACUCUGAAGAAUCGUUUUUUCCUCGUGAGGAUAAUGAUUGCGGUCAGAGAGGCUUUUUUUUUUUAAUUAUUAAUGAUCUAGUCAAUUGGAAGUGAAAAGACACAUACAGUAUAUGCUGGAUAAAUUACUUGACUUUUCUUCCUUUAAGCUAGAAUACAAAAAAAGUUCACAUGUGGGCUAGAGGGAAACUGUCAGCAUGUUAAGUAAAAGAAGAAAUGAUGAAGUAAUGUUUCAAUUAUGAUAUUAUCACUUUGAAAAACUAAGUGCAAUCUUGUCUGAAAUAUAGUAUAUUGUCUUUUUAAGGCCUCACCUGGUCUCUGUUUUAAUAAUUACUUUGUCAGAAGACCUUGACAAAUAUCCAUGUCUUCUUAAAGUAUCUAAAUCAGAAUCAUAUUUUUAUUUAAAGUUCUAUUGUUACAGAAAACAUUUUAUUUUAAAACUGUUGAUAGACUGAUAUUUCUUGGAAGAAAAAUAGAAGAUAUCAAAACACUGGUUAUCACUUGUGAUAGGAAACGAAACUAUUCAACUAUUGCUGUUAUUUCUCUUUAGAAAUGUAAACCUACAAUAUAUGUCGUAGUUAAUGACACUAUUUCAAAAUUAAGGAAAAAUCACUCAUGGAUGCUGUGCAUCAUUAUCAGAUUUAUAAUUGUUUUCACCCUAAACUAGGGCAUUUGUUGAACUUUGGAGUUCUAAACGGAAUCCUGUACAUUUUUUAAAGUUCUGCCCCAUGCUUUCCAAUCAAGCUAUAUAUAUUGCUGACAGCAUAAAUGUGCAACACAUAGUAUUUGCAGUAUUGGGGAGGAGGUGUAAUGUUUAAAAAAGAAAAAAAAGCCACUCAUGAUCCUGUAUGUUCAUUUUGUACUAGCAGUCAUUGCUUCUUAUUGAGGACAUAAUUAGCAAUGUCUUAAUGGAGAGAUGGUGGCUUGCAUGCAUACAUGUGCCUUAGGUGUGAUGUGCUGCUUAUAAACCAUAGCUUUUUAUUCAGAUUAAUUCUAAUAUCUGAAAUGGUAGCUUAACUGGACUUCAGACAUAAUGUGUAGCCUUGUCUUCAGAGCCCUUAGAGUUUGCAACAUGUAAAAUAGAAGCCAAAGUCCAUUUUUGGCUACCGGAGCUUCUAUGGCUUGACCAUGGUGGAAUCCAUCUUACUCAGGUGCCAAAACUUUAUGCACAGUGCUCCUAUGGAGCUUGGACUUUGAGAGCGCCCCCCCAGGCUAACGUGAAGGAAGGAGUGAUGCUUCCUCCCAUGCCUGUGUAUGAAAGGUGGUUGUACUUUGAAAUGGCCCAUCUGAGAAUGCUAAGAGGCUGUUACUGAAAACACUCACAGAUGGUAGUGCUGACAAGUGUCUUAGCACAGGUUCCUUCAUCAUAACUGCCUGAGUUUUAGUGGAAAGCAUUUCCCAGCCCUGAAUCAUGCUGGCUGAUUCUUCCUUUUUUUAAUAGUCUGAGACAAGUCAGCCUAGUGGCAUAACCUGACUAUAUAUCAGCCAUUUGGUGCUUCUUAAUAUCCGAGGUAUGCCUCAGCGGAGACAAAUAUGUUCUCUUGUCCCUUUUUUGUGAACCUUGAAAGGGAAUUGCACACCUCAUUCUUGGCUGUCAGGUUGUGUCCAUUCAGUUUUCCACUUCUGGGGGCAUAGCCACAAUUUUCAUUGAGGGCUCAGUUGAAUUCAUGCCUUUGUAGUUCAGCUUUGUCUUUGUUGCCAUUGUCUUUUAUGGCUGUGCCUUCACACGCAGUGCCUGCAAGAAGUUCUUACAAAUAUACAGUGCAUGCUGAGUGGUCUUCAUGGGUUUUCCAGGCACCUGCCACAAUACUGCCUGCUUCUUGGCAGCCAAAACAUUCAGUAGCAACUCGUCUUCCUUUUCUUGCCUUCCAUUGUCCAGGUACUGUAUUCCCUUUAUGGUACAAAGGUGUCAACAGGUGCAACCUACUAUAUGGAGGCAUGUGCUAGUAUUUAAUUUCUGGCACAGAAGGAGGACUUCUGCAGAAAAAAAAACUUAUGGCACUUGCAGUUUCAUGCAGGCUGCAUAUGUAAACCCAUCACUUAUGCUUUAGGGUAAGGAUUUACUUGACUUGUGUAUCAUUCAGUAGCAGCGACUGUAGGCAGCCGAGCUUUUGUGUAUGUGCAUCACAGAAUUUUACUGAAAACAGGAUUCCCAAGUGGAAAUGUCCAAAGGACUCUUCUCCCAUUGCGAAUGCAUGUACUGCAAAAUUUAAAUGAGAUCGUAUGGCCAUGUGAAGACAGUUUAUAUCCUGUUUUGAAUCUGGGACUGGAGAGAUGGGUAUUAUAAUCUGGGCCCAGUGUGUUCUGCAUAUCUGUGGCUGCAGACUCUCACUUUUGCAAUAGAAUUGUGCUCCUGAAUCCAGGCUUGUAUUUUAAUGGCUUCUAACCCUUGUGGUUGUUAGAGAAUUUGAAAAUAUGAGCAAAGUGCAAAAUAAUAAUUUAGUCUUCCUGAGUCUGCAGAAAGCCUAAAACAAUAGCUCUAAAAGGUCUGAAUACCAUAUCUCAGUGGGAUAUUCACUUGGAAUCUUCUGAUGAAGCUAAAUGUCAACAUGGUUAAUAUUUGACUGCUGAUCGCUGCAGCCGAAACAUCAGCCAGCAUUGGUGAACUGCAGAUCCCAAACUGCUUUUCAUGCCUCCCCAAGUGCCAAAAGCCCCAUCUGUCAAAACAGCUAGGUUCACUCUCACAGCUUCUAUAAUGCCGUAACCUGCUGUCAGUACAAACAUAUUUUGGCAUGUGCAUUGUUUGAUAUCAAAAUAAAUAAAAUGGAGGCCUACUAGGGUUUAUUAGUAAUUUUAAAAACUCUGUGAAGCUGGCAGAAGAUCUUCAGGCCUCCUGCCUACUGCAGAACCCAGGAAUCUUAGUUCAAUUUUCCAUGUAGCCUCUUAUGGAAUACGCAAGGGCUUGACUAAAAUCUUUCAUUGCAAAACCCACUGAAUAUCCCUAAGCUGUGAGACUUAUAUUGCAUAUGCAGAAAUGCAUUCCCUCAGCUUUCCAGUAAUGAGCAUGUAGCAUUUAGUGAAAAUAAGACCAUUCUUUAUAGUCUAAGCAGAGGUGAAAAGAUGCAUUCUGCUUCACUCCUGGGGACUGGGUAAAAUUAUUCAACGUUUUUUCCCCAAAUACACCUUUUAAAAAUACAUUUCUGUCCCAGGUAUUUAGAAAUCUUUUGGGGACCUUGUAUAAUCUGCCCUCAAGUACACCCAUGAAACCCCAUUAACUUCUGGAGUUGCAUGAGUGUACUAGAGGGGUGCCAUCGCAUUCGUGUGACAAUGCUUAUAAUAACUGUAGAGAAGGAUUCUUCAGUAGCUUCCUGUCAUUAUCCACUGUUUAGUUCUCCUUAGCAAUGCACAGCCAAGUGUAAUUGCUGUUUGUUUCAUACUAGUGACUCUCCAACUUGAUGUAUAAGCAUCUCCCACGGCUAUCUUUUACAUCUAGUGAAAGGUUCUUAUAUACUGUAAGUUGAAGGUUGCCUUUGUGGCUGUAUAUUACCAAUAAUACACAUGUUAUUUACAGUCUCAUAUUUUAAACAGGAUGAAACGACUUCAAUGUUUAAGGACUAAUCUGAGAUCCUUAUGCAUGACCAUGCCUGCAUUGCUUCUUUAAUCUUAGUAAAGGAAUCUUGUUUCAGCUAUUGUUGACAUGGUACACCUUCGCAACUUUUAAGUCGAAGCUGACUUAAAUAUGCAAUGUUGAUUUCAGCCUUGUACUGUAACUUUGUUGUUCUUCUCAAAGAGAAUGUGCAAUAGGAAAACAGAAAAGGAUGGCAUACAUUUAACAAUAGUGACAUUUAAUGGGUGACAUGCUAGCUAUCUUAUACAUAUGAGAUGCAGUUUAAUUCCUUUUCCAAAUUGAUUUUUCUGUUUGGAAAAGGAAAGAUGAAGAUAUGAAAUGUGCCUGUUUCUGUGCCUGGUGAAUCUCUCAAAUAAAGGGUAAUGGAGAUUUGUGUCAGUUGUAGCAGGUACUGAACCCCAUGCAUGUUAGGUUACGAUUGUAGUGCUCAAGUUGCUCAACCUGCCCUGAUUAUGGCAUGUUGGGACUGAGUUUAAAAACCACCUAUUUGUAUCUAUAUCCCAUCAUGUGGAAUAGGCGUUUCACAAAUAAUGCAGUUUCUAGGAGUAUUGGUUCUGUCCAAUGCUAGGCAGAAGUUUGCAGGGAAUUAUCAGAAAAGUAGCAGUCUGUACCUCGUGAUAGUAUAAAACGUUACUGCAGUCUUGAUGCCUUGAUCUGUGUUAACUAUGCAAAUAUAUAAAUAGGUGGAAAGAAAAAAAUAUUAUAAACCUAAUCUCUUAGU